AUGGUUCGGCAUUGGACUUCCGUGGCCCUUGGCCUGCUUGCCAUCAGCACAAACGCGUCUCCCGUUCAAAACAUGAAGCGCGCACCCAUGUUCGACUACAACGGCCAGAAGGUUCGUGGUGUAAACACGGGCGGAUGGUUCGUGCUCGAGCCCUGGAUCACCCCCAGCAUGUUCGAGGGCAACAGCGCAAAGGAUGAGUUCUCGCUCGCCGGCGCAAUCGGUAAGGAUGCGGCGCAGAAGAAACUCCAAGACCACUGGAAUUCGUGGAUUACCCAAGACGACUUCAACCAGAUGGCUGCUGCUGGAUUGAACCAUGUCAGAAUCCCCAUCGGCUACUGGAGUGUUAUCCCACGAGAGGGCGACCCGUACCUACAAGGAGCUUACCAGAAGCUUGGAGAGGCACUUGACUGGGCGCAGGCUGCUGGCCUCAAGGUCAUGAUUGACCUUCAUGGUGCACCCAACUCGCAAAACGGCUUCGACAACUCGGGAAGAUUGGGCAGCGUUGGCUGGGGCCAGGGCGAUACGGUCGCAUACACCAUCAAAGUGCUUAACAAGAUCCGUGACGACCACGCAUCACAUCCUGCUGUCUCGGCCAUUGAGCUUCUGAACGAGCCUUUGGGCCCCAACCUAGACAUGAACACUGUUCGACAAUUUUACAUGGAUGGCUGGGGCAACCUCAAGGACUCCAACGUCGCUAUCACCUUCCACGAUGCCUUCCAAGGUGUGACAUCGUGGGGUAACUGGGGCGCGGGAAUGUGGAACUUGAUGCUCGACACGCACCACUACGAGAUCUUUGACAACAACGCUGUGGCCAUGUCACCUGACCAGCACAUCAAGACAGCCUGCGACUUUGGUAAGCAGAUGGCAUCAACUGGCAAGUGGACUAUUGCCGGCGAGUGGACGGGUGGAAUUACGGAUUGCGCAAAGUGGUUGAACGGCAAAGACAAGGGCGCGCGUUACGACGGUACCUUUGGCGGAUCCAAGGUCGGUGACUGCACUGGCAAGUCUACUGGCACUGUGGCUGGAUUGUCGAAUGACGACAAGUACAACAUCGGGCGUUUCAUCGAGGCGCAGCUUGACGCCUACGAGAAGGCUAGUGGGUGGAUUUUCUGGACGUGGAAGACCGAGGGUGCUCCUGAAUGGGACAUGAAGGAUCUUUUGGCCAACGGCCUUUUCCCUCAACCGCUAACGGCGCGAAAGUACCCUGGCCAAUGCAACUAAGCAUUUUCAAGCGAGAGACUCUUUAUCUUUUCUUCUUCCCAUGACAGCGCUACACACUCGCUCCGCCACAGUACGCAGCCACGAUACGGAUGAAAUAACGACGGCAUGACGAUGUAACGAAUUCCAUUUUUCCGCUUCGAAGAUACCCCGAUGCGUUCACUCGCUUAUUGGGCCCACGUCCUUUAGGGCAACCCGUGCCCAUAUUGUCUGACACAUCCUUGGCCGAGUCGCGACCCGCUUGUAGAACUCUGUGCAGUGCGCCAGAGGAGGGUAUAUACAUGAUGGAGGCAGCGGCGCAGUGGGCGCAACCGUAAAUAUGAGACCAAAGCAAUUGUAAAUUUCAAUCAAAAUGAAGGCGUUGAAACAAGGGCUUGUU